AGCAGCGCUGACGUCACGGCCGUGACGUAACCGCAGCGCAGGGUGUGACGUAUAAUGUGUGCGCGGGUGGAGGAGUAGGAGACGCAGCAGCAGCGCUAUGUUCCACAACAGCACCCAGAGGAAGCACUGGACUUUCUCCAGCGAGGAGGAGCCGCAGCGGCUCCGAGUCCAGGCUAACAGCCGGUACCGGGGGAAGAUAGAAAGGACAGGGCAGGCACAGCUGUAUGAGAUAUUCAGUCUGGAUGCUGAUGAAGAGUUGAUCAUUUGUAAAUAUUAUGAGAAAAAGCUGAUUGAUUUCUGCAAUGUUUUCAAGCCAGCAAUGCCGAAAUCUGUCCUGGGGACAGCAUGCAUGUAUUUCAAACGCUUCUACCUCAAUAAUUCAAUUAUGGAGCAUCAUCCACGUGUAAUAAUGCUGACCUGUGCAUUCCUGGCUUGUAAAGUAGAUGAAUUUAAUGUAUCCAGUGUCCAGUUUGUGGGUAACCUACCAGAAAACCCUGCCACGCAGGAAAAGAUCCUUGAACAAAUUCUGGAAUAUGAGUUAUUGCUCAUCCAGCAGCUGAAUUUCCACCUUAUAGUGCACAAUCCAUACCGACCUUUUGAAGGAUAUUUAAUUGAUUUAAAGACUCGAUAUCCUAUGCUCGAAAAUCCGGAAAUGUUAAGAAAAACAGCCGAUGAUUUCAUAAACCGCGUUACACUAACCGAUGCCUGUCUUCUGUUCACACCAUCCAUAAUCGCUCUCACAGCUGUCUUAUCCAGUGCUUCCAGGGCAGGACUUAACAUGGAGAGUUAUUUAUUGGAGUGCCUCUCAUUAAAGGAUGAUAAAGAAACCAUGGCACGUUUACUGGAUGGAAUGAGACGAUUAAAGUUACUGGUGUCGAAAUAUGAAUUUCCCAGGCUUGAAGAUGUUGCUGUGAUAGAGAAGAAGUUGGAAAAGUGCCACAGCAGUGAGAUUGCCUCAGUGGUCAAUAUGAGGAAGAGAAAGGGCUAUGAAGAUGAUGGUUAUAUAUCAAAAAAGCCCAAAACUGAAGAGGAUGAGUGGACUGACGAUGACCUGCUGGAAUCUCUCUAGUUGUAGCAGUAGUUAGAGACAGCAUGUUGCAACUUUGUGUACAUACUUUUAUAUAUAGUUUUUCUUUUUUCAUUUUUAAGCUUCUGAGACAGGUUCAGUAUUUGUGAGGAUGUAAUAUACUUAAGCUUAAUGCACUAAAAUAAAAUUUAUAGUAAACUUUA